UUAUUUAGAACAAUAACAAAAAAAGAUGGCCUCGUCUUCAGAAGAGGACAAUGCAACUGUAUCCGGUUUAACAGAUUUCUCUCGAUUUUGUCCAGCGGAUAAAAUAAUGGAAAAACAAGCUGGAAAAGACUUAGAAGAGGAAGAGAUCAAACCAGUUAGAUAUAGGCCGAAAGGAACGACCUGGUUCUCAAGAAUAGGUAAAUCAAGUAGUCUCACUUCAGUGGACACCACCAACCUGGUGGACGAAGGAGGAAAAGGAGAGAAAAAAUUAAGAAAAUAUCAGAAAUUUCAAAACAAGUCAAGGAAUAGUCUCCCAGAAGAGACGAUCCUCCCAGCACUCCUGCAGGAGGACAAGGCUGACCGCCACAAUGCUAGUCCGAUUGAUGUCCCAAUGUCUCACCUCCAGUCCCUCCAGAAGGAGCUUGAAGCUCUCAAAGGCUGCGUCUCUAAGCAGCGAGCAAUAUUCUCUCCGUCUCACUCGCCUGACCUCUGCGGCCUUGAAGAGGAAGCAUAUCCUAAACCACACCCACCACCUCUGGUAGUCGACGAACCUUUCAAUAUAUUCUCAGAGUCUUCGUCUGAUAAUGUAAUAUUCCCACUGGAGGAGUACUGCGUUCAAGUCGAGCCGUUUUAUCCGACUUCGGAAGAGCCCUUGCAAAAUGGAAGAGAUCCCAUGAGUUUUGCCGAGAAUAGAUUAGAGAGACAAGGAUCUUUAGAAUAUGACCAUCUUGAAAACCAAGAGGAAGAGGGAGAGAGGGUGGAGCCUCAAGAAAAUGGUGUGUCACCUCCAAAGAGUGAUUCGGGUAGUUACUUUGUAGCUGUACAGUUUUCCGAGGAAGAGAAUAAAGACGUCAAGACAAGUACCCUAGCAACGAAUGAUGAAGUCGUACCUUCAAGGAAAAACUCUGUCAUUUCGGUACACGAUGUCAUCAGUAAACAGCCCCAGCAGUCCCUCCCUCCUCCUUUCCUUACACUACAGCACGGCAAACCUUCUCCAAUUAAUGCCCGACCCUCAAGGAUGUCCUCUAGUAUACCAGGCCGACUCAAUUCUCCUAGUCUCUCUAGAAUAACCUCUCCUAGUCACACUAGUUAUUUACCUAACCAGCAAUGGUCCUCAACGUCCCAACUAGUCAGAACGGAGGCGUGUCACUGUCCCUCUUGUUGCUCCUGUGGCUCCUCCCUCCGUAGAUUCACUGGGAAGGAUGGGCGGGGCUCUAGCGGUCACACUCGUCAGGCAAGUUACGACUUCUUGUCAAGGGGAGGCCCUGCCUUUUAUUCCUGUCCUCUAAAGAGAUACAACAAGUCCCUCCAACUCGUUCAUCAGCCGCAAGUUUCUCCUCUUGUUUUGGAUCGUGCGAUUCAUCGGAGUGAAGAGAGUGGAGAGAGAAGAGACAAUGAAGAGAGAAGGACUAGAGAGGAGUCAUUAACUAACACUGUUAGUAUUAAUUCAUUUACAUCACACGAUGGCGGUGCUAAUAAUCAUGCUAGUAGUGAUGUAGCGUCAGUGUUAGAGGGUGAUUCUGAUACACAGUCCUUAUGGAGUGUCCCUAGUAUACACUCUACUUGUUCUUUUAGUGGACCCCCUCACCUUCACUUACCCUCUGUUCCUCCUCCUUGCUGUGAUAGAUCUCACAUUAGUUAUAAUAAUGGAGUUGAUGUCAACGUCUUUAAAGAAAGACUAGAUUUGAUAUCUCAGUGGUUUAAUGAGUUCAGUGAUACACAAAGGAAUAACUUAUUACAAAAGAUACUGGAACAGUGCAAUUGUUCGCAAAUGCACUUGCUUUCAUUACAAAUGGAGCCGAUACUACAUCAAGGAUGUCCUCAUAAUUGCCAGGACCUCUUAUCAUGGCUACCUCCAAACAUCUCUCUACAUAUUCUAUCCUUCCUUGAUCCAGUUAGUUUGUGUAGGGUUAGUCAAGUCAGUAAAAGUUGGCACCUUUUGGCUAGUGACACGAAACUGUGGAAGGAUCUGUGUCUGAGCCCAAUCUGGCAGCCUGGUUCAGCCUGCUUGAGUAAACUGAUUAAUAAUUUCACUAAUAACUCAGAUGGUGUAGUACAGUGGAGGUCAAUGUUCAUAGAGAUGUACAGACUAAGAAGGAACUGGUUGAAAGGUUUCUGUACCGUCAGAACGUUUGAGGGUCACUCACAAGGCAUAUCCUGUGUACAAUUUGAUGACACUAGGAUCGUGAGUGGCUCGUGGGACAAAACUAUUAAAGUUUGGAACAGGCGGACUAACACUGCCUGGGCUGCACUAACAUUGGCAGGUCACUCUGGAACUGUUAGGUGUCUCCAUCUUCACGGGAACCGUCUGGUCAGUGGCUCCUCAGACAGAACUAUUAAGGUGUGGGACUUGGCUACUAACAAUGUCGGAUGGAUCGGUGCUGCCUGUAGAGCUACGAUGGUCGGCCAUUUACACACUGUCAGAUGCUUACAGGCUGAUGAUGAUAAAGUUGUCAGUGGUUCUUAUGAUCACACUCUCAAAGUCUGGGACCUUAAGACAGGACAAUGUAACAUGACUCUUAGGGGACACACUGACGCUGUGCUCUGUCUGCAGUUUGAUAAAACGAAAGUUAUUUCUGGCUCCAAAGAUACCACAAUCAAAUUGUGGAGGUUAUACGAUGGCCAGUGUCGGCUUUCCUUAUACGGUCAUGAGGGGGCGGUGACGUGUCUCCAGUUUGAUGACAGUCGUAUUGUUAGCGGUGCCUUGGACCGACUCAUCAAGAUAUGGGAUUUCACUGGACAUUGUCUCCACACAAUGGAUUGGAUAAAAUCUGAAGGACACACUGGAGUAGUUAGACACUUGCAAGCUGACAGCUGGAAGAUUAUCAGUGCAGCUGAUGAUAAGACUCUUAAAGUUUGGAGCGUCCAAUCAGGCGAGAGAUUAUUAACACUAAAAUCUCACACCGAUGGUGUCACUUGUCUUCAAUUUAAUGAUCAAGUGAUUGUGUCUGGUUCUUAUGACAAAAGUGUGAAGCUUUGGGACUUCUCUGUCUGCUAGAACUUAUUAUUGCCAUUGUGAAUAAUUAUUUAUUUUUAAAUUCAAUAUCAUCAUCAUUUUUUAUUAUCAUAGACUCAAUUUUUUUAUUCAAAACAAUUAUUUCUAAAUUCAUUAAA